CGCGGGAGGCGGGCGGGGGCAGCGCCGCCGCCGCCGGGACUGGCGCCCGCCACCGGCACUCGGCCCGCGCCCCGCAGCGCUCCGGCCCGGCCCGGCCCGCCGGGGGUGCGAGAUGGCCGCUGAGGGGAGCCGCCGGCUCCUGGGGCUGUGGCUGCUGGCGGCGGCGACGGCGGGGCUGUGCGGCGGGGUGGCGGCGGGCAAGUCCCCCAGCUGCCACGAAGUGCGGACGGCGUUUCAGCUGCGGCAGAUCGGGCCACUCAAGCUGGUCCCCGACGUGCCCACGGCCGAGUCAGAUUUACAAAUCUGUCAACAUAGAGCACCAACAUGUUGCACCAAAAAAAUGGAAGAAAGCUACCAGGCAGCUGUUCGAAGGGAAAGGACUCAAAGUAUCCAGGCACUGAAUUUUGAACUAAAGUACAUGAUUGUUGGUCAUAUCACAGCUUUUCAAGAGGCCUUUGAGUCUUUGCUUCGCUUUGCUGAAAACCACACAAGUUCCCUGUUUGAGACAGCUUACAGACCUAUGGCAAAAGAAGCAGCAGAGCCUGUUAAAGAACUCUUUACAGACAUCUCUCUCUACAUUCUGGGCGCAGAGACUACAGUGGAAAGUGCAGUAUUACGGUUCUUUGACAGUCUCUUUCCUCUGGUGUACAGUCGACUAAUAAACCCAGGAAUUACAGAUUUAUCAGAGGACUAUACAGAGUGUCUACGGCUCACAAGGCAAGACAUAAAUCCUUUUGGACGCUAUUCUAAAAACAUGGUUACAGAGCUGUCAAAAUCUCUUUGGGCAAGCAGGAUGCUCAGCCAGGCCCUCAGUCUGGGCAUCGAAGUGAUAAAUACUACUGAACAUGCAGCUCUCACGAAGGAAUGUAGCAAAGCUCUAGUAAGGAUGCAGUACUGCCCACAUUGCCAGGGCCUGACGCUAAUCAGACCCUGUGUCGGAUAUUGUCUAAACGUAAUGAGGGGCUGUUUGGCCAGCGUGUCAGAACUGGAUACACAAUGGAGGGAGUAUAUCUCCACGCUGGAAUAUCUGACUAAUGAAAUGGCUGCCUCACAUGAUCUGGAAAUUGCACUGACGGGAAUCCGGAACUCCAUCAAUGAAGCCAUCCUGCACGCACAGCUGAAUGGACCACAGCUCUCCGCUACAGUUGAUAAAGUGUGUGGACAGCCCAAACAACAAGAAGGGAACCUGUCAUCAGACAACAUAGUGCCAGUGAAGGAAGCAACUGAAACCCGGACAUUCAUGAUGGCUCACGCUAGUCUGAACAAUAAAAGAAGUUCUCUGCCUCUGAAAGCUUCAAAGAAUGACAAAUCAAGAAGUUUGAAAAAAAUCUCUCGAGAGUUCAUCAAUUACAUGAAGCGCUCCCGAACCUUUCAUGCCUCUAUAGCAGAAAGGCUGUGCGAUGGAGACCUGGUGAUGAGAGACAGCUCAACCUGCUGGAAUGGAGAGGAUGUUGUAGAAAGUUACACCAGCAGAGUUGUUUCCAAUGGACUGAAGGCACAAAUUAAUAAUCCAGAACUGAAAGUCAGAGGAUUGGACCCACUCAUCAGCAAUUUAAUUGAUAAACUUCAGCACUUUAAUAAACUGGAUGCUGAGAAGGCAAAAUUAAAACUGGAAAGAUGGGCUUCCCGAGAUGCUGGCAGUGGGGGUGGAAGAAGUGAAGAGAUGGAGUCAAGCGGAGAUUGUGAUGAUGAGGAUGGCUGUCAAGGGUCCGGCGACAGGAUUCACACAGCAGAUAUACUCAAGGACAAGAAAACCCAUCCAGAAAACAGAAACGAACCAAAACCAACUGUGAAAAAGAUUGACACCACAACCACCACAAGCACUGUCAAGUCGUCCUCUAAACACAGCGUAACUGGAAAUGGGAGCAAUCCAGCCCGGAGUUCCUCACUUGUUAUUUUAACAGCACUAGCAGUUCUGUGGCGUUGUCAGCAGUAGCUGCGUUGCCUUGCAGCCACUACGCAAGCGUUUCUGUCACUUAUACCUACAGCCUUACCCAACAGAAAACAAAUUUAAGUGGCUCUCUAGUUUAUAUGAUGUUAGAAUAAAUAGAAAACGAUAUGCUGGAGUUGGCAGAUACCAUGUCGUCACUUACAGUGUCUGAAGAUAGCCUUUGACAAAGCCCACCCAAGAUACAGAGGGAAUGAUGACGAGGGUCUGAGUAGCUUAAAUUAUGGGGUAGAAAUAAUUGAAAACACAGAAACUGUAUAUGUGUGUGUUAUUGUUUUUCUCAAUUUUGUUCACUGGAAUCUGACUGGCUGGUUUUGUUUGUUUAAUUUUUCUGAUAAAUUAUAUGAAUGGUCGGUCUUCAAAUUCAAGCCAAUACAUACUUUAUUUUUCUAGUGAACAGCUAACAAGCUAUGUCUACAGUUGUAAACCGUGUUAAAGUGAAGUACUCUCUACCAGCUUGAUGAAAUUCCUAAGUGGUUAAGAAGAUCAAAGCAUGUUUGAAACUUCUUUUCACUAUUACUGUUUAGAUUGUAGGAAGCAGCAUAAAAGCAUAUGGUGUGUCUAAUAUAUCAGUAUAGUUGCCUUAACUAUGGAAAAAAUUAGAAACACUUUGUUUACUGAGGGAUAUAGAUAGCGAGUUUCCCUGCCCUGCAAAAUGCCAUGCUUAAGCAUAUUCUCAAGGCUUACUGGAUGAAUGUCCAGCAAUGGGAAACAUAAAUAAGCAUAAUAAUGUUUUAUCCAGUUGAAUGCAGCUCUGUACAGAGAAAAAAAGAAUGAUUCAGUUCAAACUUUGCCUAUGUGAUGUUAAAGAGAAACCGACUUAAAUUUUCUAUUUCCCAGAGAUACAAAUUAUUGGGAACUCCCAUUAGACACUAACUAGAUUUUGUGCAUUGUGGAUCUCUGAAAUCAACUCUGUUUCAUGAACUGUGUAUUAUUUAAUUACAUUUAAUGUUUAAAAUUUUGUAUCAUGGUAGGUGUAAAUGUAAAGCAAUCUGAAAUCUAGAACACUCUGUUAACGCAUCACCUUGAUUGCUACCCUAGAAAAUGUCAAAACGUGCAUUAUAUUACAAGGCUAUUUCUUUUUUAAUGCAUUUUAACUUUUUGGAUGAAAAAGUACGAUAAUAACUUCUAAUGGGUUAAGACUUAAUGUGCGUUUUCCAACAACUGUUUACAGUGCCAUUGAAUAUAUAUAUACACACAAACACAACUGUAUGAAUACAGCGAUUAAUAUGAUAAAUAUAUGAAACAUUAGAAUUGUUAUAUUUACUACAUUUCAUAACUAUUACAACAGUUUAAUGGCCAUUUUCAUGUUGUAGACUAUUAUUAUGUACAGUUUUAUAAGAUUUAAUGUAAAACACUUGCCUUUGGUUUUUUGUAAAACAUCUCUUUGAUACUUACGCAGCCACUGACGUAACUCAAAAGAAGAACCCCGUAUCUUACUAAUCAACUUCAGGCAUUUUAUCAGCAACUUUGAUUAUAAAAGACAGCCUGACUCAAAGAAGGUGCCAUGCUCCAGUAUUACUACUGGAUGUCAUUAUAUAGAAAGUGGCAAUAAUACAGAACAAGUAUACAAUGAGUGAACAAAGACUUACUAGUGUGUUUUCAGAUAGGAUUAGUGAACAUGUCUAAUUAUGUUUGCAGAGGUGGGGCUUGAAUUUUGUUUUUAAUUUGGCCUCUUAGAUCAUAUUUACAGACAUAAAGGUAUAAUCAGAACCAUCGACACACCCAGCUGCAAAGGAGGUGUCUCUGAAGUGGCGGCAGCUAAGUUGUCUAAAAGAGAAUUCAAUUUUAAUGUUGAAAGGAGGAGAUAAAAUGGAAAAGAUACUUAUACUAACAAGAAAUAUUUUAUAUUUGAAUUCUGAUUUUUAAAAAUGAUAACUAAGUAGUGCUUUCCAGUCAUAUCAGUGAAAAUCAGUUUUGACCAAAAGUACAAAAAUGACUGUCCUGUGCUUUCCAGGGUUUGUGAGCUGCAUCAGUCUAUUGAACCAUAAUUAAAAAUGCUGGUUCUUGUAUUCAUUUGUACUGCCCUUUGGAAAAGUGCACUUUUACCUGAGGAGAUGUGCGAGUCGUGUCAUUUGUACAGUGAAAGGACACUGUAAUUCACUGCAGCCUUAAAGGAUCAGUCGAGAUGGCUGCUGUUAGAUGGGUUGGUCUCUGUGCACACACAGAAAGGUACCUCAGGUGCUGCCACCACCAGCUCCUCGGGUAAUACCAAUCACUGUGGCUUCACUGAAGCAAUUCAGACCUCUUGCUUGUGAACCUGACCCCUAAUUUAGCGUUCUCACAUGUAAGAUGCUCAGUCACCAUUCAGGCAAAUGCAUCUGCGUUGGCACACUUAAGUCUCCUUCAGGAUUCCUAUGGAUAGAGCUGGGGUUUCAGGGCUACCACAAAUAUCAGUUGUGCAGCUUGUAGUUUUCAGUUCUUCUCACCUGCAGAGAUGGAACUUGAAUGCCCAGACUUAUGUGUCUUUUUGAGCUCUUUUCUGUAAAAGGUUUUGUGCUUCUAGCUUGGAGCUAAAGGCUAGCCUUGUAUUCAGCCGUAGCAGAGGAAGUUGCAGAAGCCCUGCAGUAGGCAUGUAUGGAAUAACUCAUUGUUUCUUGUUGCUAAAUGUCAUAAUCUUGCCAAACAAAAACCUCUGAAAAAUCAAGUGCUUGAAUUUUGUGUUUAGUUGGCAAAUAUUUGUAUGAUGUAGUAUUCAUGUUGCGAGCUAAAAAAGACAACCCUUUUAAAGUUUCUGGAACAAAACUACAACAGGUUGAAACUGUGGGAUGAGAUAGAUUCAACUCAUUUCAUUGGAUUCAGCCAGUAUUUUAAUAGACACAAAUUGUUAUGGAACGAAGGAAGAGACUGCAGAGGACUCCACACCUAUUAAUCCAUUUCACACCAAUAUACUUCUACGCUGUAAGAAGAGUACUGGUCAAACCGGCAUGAAAUAUGUUCAUAAUGUGCAUCAGAAAUGGUGCAGCUUUAAAGGGCAAUGCAGUAUAUUUUUAGUGAUGGUUUAGGAUUUUUUUUUCCUCGGGAUCAGUUGCAUUUACAUACUAAAAAGAGAGUAUUUUCCAUCAAACAACAAAUCUAUACCAGCAAAGGCAAAAACAACUGGCUGUGUCAGAUAAAGGAAGUAUUUCAGGUGAAUAAGAUACCUGUUCUACAAAAUCUUACUUCGUUAUCCAGGACACUGUAAUUACGAUGUAAUUACAAAGGUCUAAAUUCAAAAUACCUUCAAACUUGUUUAUGUAAUCUCAGAGUAAAAUAAGGCACUAGUCUAAGAGCAUUGCUGUAGCUUUGCCUAACAGUUAUGAAUUGUAUUUAGCCACUGCUUUUGGAAUGUUUAUUGUUUUGCUAUGACUUUCUUUUAAUAUUUUGCUGUGCCAGCAUUUGUGAAUGCCAGCGUUGGAAAAUAACUGCUGUCAUACAUUUGUGAGUAAAAUCAAUCUGUAAUUUUCUCUUGAUAGCGAUGCAGGCUUCUUACCAGAUAAGACAAAAUUGCCGUGGGCGUGCAGUCCGUUCUUAGUGUUUCACUGCUCUUUGGGCUCCAGGUUACAGCAGGUUGAUGUUAAGAGCUUCCUCUGUCACUAGUCCCCUCCCUGGCUAUGAAAGCGUCAGGGAGGAGAGUGAACGUGGGUGGACAAAAGCAUGUGUGGCUGCGAUGUGCCAGCACAUGGCAACCUCUCGCUGUCUUCUCUGAGGCCCUCAGCCGAGUGUUCUCAGCUAAUUUUCAAGCAGCUUUUACACCUCUCCAAAUCAACGCAUGGAGACUGGCCAGGCAAAGAGCCGCAGAGAAUCUAGAGACUGCAUUUACAGGCAACUUCACAGACACCUGCUAUGAACUGCACUUUCUUUGCAAUUUAGAUGCUCUACAGAAUCUGGCCUCUCAUUUUCAACCUUGCACUUUUUUUCUGGCUUGCAUAUUGCCAGCAUUAUGCCCCGUCUUCUAGCACACCAGGUACUUCGUCACUGCAUAAGGAAUUGUGAUUCUGAUCUUUCACUCAGUAAUGAACCUUUUGAGGUACAAAUAUCUGUCAGAGCUUGAUAAGGGCAACACAAAUAAUCGUGUCCAGCUGCAUUGACUUCAGAGGCUCUGUGUAUGGGUAUCUGGCUGUGAGAUGCGCAUCUCUUUGAUCUCUGAAAUCAGAUCUGUAUUUAAUAUAUCCCAGUUUCCUUUUGUUACCAAGACUGCAAUAAUUUUUAAUUUGACUCUCUAAUCCUGUAUGGGUUUUCUCAAUAUUGUCCUAAUGGAUGUUAUACGCAGACUUCAUUUUAAUGUUAGAUGAGCCUUUUUGCCCUGAUUCACUGAGCCGUUCUUAUUCAGUAUUACACAUGACUAGGUUUAAGCAAGAUCUGUUCAAGUGAAAGGAGCUGAAACACACAUUAAAGUGAGAUACUGAGUAGGACAAAAAUCCAAAAAGUCUCUGUGUUCCUGGGUUUGACUUCACAUUAAACAGAUUUUAAUGUUUAGCUGAAAUUACAAUAAAAAUAUCAUAAUUAGCAUGGUGUCAAGGGGAUUUCAGCCUUGUAUUGAAAAUCGAUAGAGUCUAUCCAUUUUUUAAGUGGGAAUUAGUUGAUAUACUUGCUUUCCUCACGUCUCUGCAUAUGGGUGAAUUUAGGUCUGUAGAAGUAGGAGACAUUCCUUAAAAUGUAUCCUGCACAUUGAGCAUCACAGCGUCAUAGGUGCUUAAUGUUGCAACUGGCCAAAGGCAUGAGACAUUUAUUUUCAUUUAUAGCAUUUCACUACUUACAGUGCUUCUUGCAAUGACACGUGGCAUGUGUGUUAAUGAAAAGUGCAACACCUUACAGUCAAUAUCAUUAUAGCUGUGACAUGCGUUAGUGAAAAAGAACAUGAUAAUGUCUUCUUCCCAUUGCCUCCGAAGUCUAGAAUUAUUCCCAACACUGCAUUCUCUUCUGGUUUCCACUGUCACUUUCUAAAUAGCUACAUCUGAAUUGUAUUAAAUAUUAAUCCACCAAAAAAUAAAUACUGGCCAAGAGAUUGUAAUAAAUAGAGAGACAGUAAACUCAGAAAAGUAUCCUGCAUUUAAAAUAGAGAAUACUCCUUGGUAAGAAAUCCCUCCUGGACUAGAACAACUUUUUAAGUCCCUCUCCUCUCUCCCGAGUCAUCAGCAUCCUCCUUCCACCUCUUGUGCUGUAUGCCCAAUACGAAGCCUGCAUGCACAAGGCUGCUGCACUGAAUUCUGGGAAGUGAAUUAAAACUAUUGCUGCGUAGUGACAUUUUCAAGUAUCUUGCGUAAAGUGGGCCUCAUUUUGCUGGUUAUGAGGAAUGCAUUCCAACUGCGCGUGCAAUUACUUCAGUUCUGAUUCAGGAAAUAGCCAGAGUUGCUGCAGCUUUCAGAAAAGGCUGCUGGAUGCAGACCAUGAAGCAACACUUUUGUGUUGCUCCCACGUGAUUGAGAUCAGACUCAGUCCUUAACAUAGACUGGCUUAGACACUCCGCUUAUUAUCAGCACUACAGUGAUUUCCCCCCAUGAGAAUCACGUCAUACUCUUUUGAGAGACGGACACAUAAAAGAGAGGCCACUGAUGCUUUCAUGAGUUGCAUAAAAUACUUCAUUAAAUAGCCAGUAACAACCACGGGUGGUUUUUUCUUUUUUCAUUUCUGUGCAGAAAGCAUUAAUACUACCUUGCAAAAUUAUGCAGUUUGCACUUAAUCAUUUCAAUUAAUCUUUAGUAAAUUACCCAGUACUUUGUAAUUAUAAUAUUUGCAGCUAAUUUAGUGCCAUCCUAAAAAUCAGUCGUUGCAUAAUAUAAGCAAUUAACAUUUAUUCGGGUUUUUUUCUGUUGCAGGGGGAUAUAUAAAUUAUCCUCAGUGGCCUUUCUGUACACCUAAUUAGCACCUGUUUGAAUUAUUCUACAGGCUAUGGACAUUUCAUUUGAAAAAUAAAUGCGUUGCUAGUUUUGUGAACUCCUUGCAAACACACAGUUGUAAAAAUUACUUUUCAGGGGGAUAUGAAAACAUGUUUUCGUAUGUCUUCUGGGUUUAUGAGCUAGGCUAGGCAUUUAGGCAAUUACAUCUAGAAUAGGUACUGACAUUUUUAAUGCAGUUAAAAUGGAAAUAGUCGGAUACCUCUUUCCCGUAAUUAAGUUCAGUAUUCCUGAUUUGUAGCCUGGUUUAUUCAGUAAAGAAAAAUGAAAGCAAUAAGACAUCAAGAAUAUAGAUCCUAGUGUAACUUUCACAUUUCUGUAUACGCAUAUAGAGUUAGGAAGUUUUACUAAUCAGAGACUAUCAAAAGCAUUGCUAUGCUGCAGUGUCAAGGAUACGAUGUUAAAAGUGUGGAAAUUAAACCAGAUUGCUUCAAUCUCAUAAGUAAGCUUCUAAAUAAAUAGUAAUUUUCUAUUUAAAUGCACAGUAUAUUGAGGAAGAGCAUUUGAUCUUUCUAAAAAGCAGAAAAAGCAGAAAAAAACUUUCUAACAAGGAUGCCAAUAUCAAAUAUUUACAACCUCCACACAUAUGAAAUUGGGAAAUCAAAAAAGGGUUUGAGACUUUUCUGUGGGUAUGAAAUGCUGCAGCAGACCCUUGGCUCCUGUAAAUCAGUAUCACUCCUUUGAUUUCAGUUUAACUAUUUACAUUUACCUCAGCAUAGUAUCUAGCCCAGAAAUGUGAAUUCCUUCCCAUCUUUUUGCAGGUGCAGAAAAUCGAAAGUAACUGCAGCGAUUACAAAAUUUGCAUAACAGUUUUACAUUGCCCAGGCCACUGAUCAGAUAGUAUCUCCAUGCCUGAAAAGAAAAUCUGUAACACGUGGGGUGCUGUAAGUCUUCUGGCAUUUUCCCUUUCCAGGGGCACGGCGGGGGCCUUCUCCAGAAGCAGCUGGUGUGAUUUGGGGCUACAAGGAGAUACUCAUACUGUGAGUAUCUCCUAGGGUAGAAAAUCUUUCUCAGAGAAGGUUUGCUGAUACAGAUCAGGCCUUGAGGCAGAUGAAGUUUGAUUUUUCUGUUUCAUGUUAAAACGUAGGAUCCAGGUCUUAAACUGGCCUCAGAAACUAAUUGAGACUCAGCGGAGAGAACUCAUCGUGGCUUUGAUGUUUCCAGAGAAGCUUAAGCAGCAGAGAAGGCAAGUGGCCGUGCGCUGCUUCAGCUGAAACCUGCGUAUCUUUGCAUUCGGUUUCAAAUAAAAUUACCAGUGAGUUUCAGAUUAGUGGUGACGAAUUUAUGAGGUACUGUAGCCUGAUGUUCUUCUAUGGAGAAGAAAUGAAAUUACCUCCUAAGCAGAAAGAAGACUUUUUAUAUAAAAUAAAACUAACGCUAAACAUCCAGCUUGAAAGGAAACCAAACCAGGAUGUUGGGCCUGGCAGAGAUGUAGAAUUAUCACUACAUUAUCACAUGUAGUGAUAAUAGUGUCAGAGUCCGCUUGUCAUGCAAGAGGGUAUCCACCCUCUGUCUCUUUUGGGGGGGCUUGAGAAAAGCUACAGUUUAUGGCUCAAGGAUGACAAAUCAUUUACAGGCAAAAGUUGCAGACAAGUCCACAAAGCGAUGAAGAAAGCAAUAAGACAUUUGGUGGCCUCAUUGAAAAACGAGAAAAAGAAUUUAACUGAAAUAUUUGAGCUUUGGCAUUAGGGAUGAACAGCAGUUGAAACCUGCUCCCAAAACACUGCAGUUGCGUAUGGGAGCAGGCUAAUGUAGCAGCAAUACUACAGAAAACGUUUAUUGUGUCCCACAUACAACAAGAGGGGCAGUAUUAGAAUAAAAAUGGAAGACAGUCCACUAAACCUUGCAUAAUACAGCCACUUACUGUACUUUGAUAUCAGAACUAAUACAGUAUGAAUGUUUACAGUACACUGGGGUAGAAAUACUAGUAAAAUAUGUGCUUUGUCAUUUAGCUUUUUUAAUAAUUAGUUUGUGGCCUCCUAGUCUUUUUUUAGUUCAUUUUAUUUUACAGGAAUGAAUAGGCCGCUUACAUUUGUAUUUUACAUUAGUUGCAUCACGGGCUUUUUAAGUUCCAAAAUAGAUUGGUUUUGCCCUAGGCUGUAUUCAAGCUCUAAUAAUUAUUUCUAUUUCUCAAGCACGUGUUUUAUUUGCAGUAUAUCUGCUUAUAUUUUUAUUGAAUAAAUUUGUCAGUUUUCUUCAGUUUGUUUUUCAGCAUUCAAUAUGAUAAAGACAAUUCAAAAAAGCAGUCUGAAAACAAUGUCUUAAAAGAAGAACAAGGCUACUUUGAAAAGUUAAAGUGAACAGUGUUUUGUAAAGGACAGUGAACUAUGAAUGGGAAUAAAAUUAAGUAACCCACAGCAGGAAAUUGUUGUUGUCUGUUAGAAUUUUUGUAUUUUUUUCUGAAUAUUUUUCAUCAUCUUUGUAAGUUACAAAGCUGAUAAAAUCUUAAAUAAAAAUAUUUUAAUCUGUUCAGAUGAUGCUUUGAAUAAAGGAUGCAGACCUUGAGAACUGCUGAGGAACUGUUAAUAUGUUGGUUGUAGUCUGGCAAAGAAAGGUCUGUUUCUUCAGCACGUAACUACUUUCUUGCUCUUUUCUUUCUUGCAAUAAAUACAGUGAAAUAGAAAGGUGGCUACCUGCUCUUCUGGGAGCUCUUAAUGUUAUUGAAGAGACACCAUACUUGCAGCAGUCUCCCGGGUAAAUGCCAGCACACCUCCACACAACAGGUAGGACUUUUUUCAUCAAACUUCCAUUCCUACAUGAACAAUCAGCUCUGAGUUCUCCAUUGACCGAGGUCUUGCAAUAACUGUGGGCCAUAUUACAAGUCUUGCCCUUGGUUUUGGUUCGGAUGGCAUUACUUUUCCGUUUUCAUAUAGGCCAGGGUAUUAGAAAAAGGAAACUCCCUGCUGUUAGCUUAGCCUUUUCAUCACUUGUCAGUUAUGAACUUUGCAGUUUCUCUUUUGAAGGGGAAAAACCCUAAUCCGAUAUUUUUCUGUCGGAUGCUGAUUACUGUGAUUGUGUCUCUACCAUUUCCUAAAGUGACACAGCAGAUCCCUUUCCUCUCAUAAGCAUUUGUUAAAGCUACUUUUCAUGAGCUUCUCCUCACUUCUCUGUCAAAACAGCUGCUUUUUUCCUGCUUAAAAGUUGGUGGGAAAGACAUAAGCUGUUUUAUACCUUUUAUUUCCUGUUUUGAUAGUAUUUAGGAGUUCCUCUUGUAGUAUUCCUGAAUGGGUUGAAUUAAAACUAUAGGACAGACCACUGAACCACAACAGUAUUGUGAACAAAGUGUUCCUUUAUUGUGUUUAAAUGACUGCAUACCUGCUGUCCAUCUACCUACCUCAUUUUUUCUCACUCAUUUUGUUUUCUGAUUGCAUGAUGAUUUGAGCGUUCCCUCCUAAAGCAUCCAUGAUUCCAGCUUUCCUCGAUUGUUUCAAAAUGCUUCCUAUUUGAGGUCUGGGAAUUACAUACGGCUCAUCUCGCCAUCUAUUGAGAGUGCUUUUUGCUAAUAUAUUCAUUUUUGACCCAGCUCCAAAGAUAAUAGCCAACAGCUCUUCUCUGCCGAAGCUAGAGGAAUGCUUGUUCUCUGAAGUGCUGCCUCAUAAAAGCCUUUUAAGUUUAAGGAUUUCACAUUCAUCCUCUAAUUAAGCAGGUGUCUAAAUCUGUGAAGCUGCUUCAUUCUGAAAUCCAACCUGCCUCCACUUCAAAGGAUGUUGUUUCUUUUCCCAAAGAUGUUUUAAAAAGUGCUUCUUUGACGGUUCAAAUUUGUAGGGUUAUUUAAAGGAUUUGCCUCUCACCUGAUUCAGUACUUAUUUUCCAAAAAUACACAGAAUACAUCAGAUCUGAUGAGAUGCCUUAAGGAUGUUCCUUAAUAGUGGUGCUGGAGUUCGUAUCUUUGACUGAAGAUCUUUAAUUGCAUUGAGUAACUAGCCCUUCUGCUAGCCUAAUGCCUGAAGUGGUUGCAACUGUCUAUAGUCCCUUUGAUGCUCCUCCCACCAGAAAUCCAAAUCUUUCCUCGUGUUUGGUUUUUUUGGUUGAUUGGUUUUGGUUUUUAGCAGUGUGUCAGUUUGCCUCUGAAACAUGUCUAGCAUAUGAUUUGUCAUACAGAAACCCUGGAAAAAGAGUGGAUUAGCCUAGUUUGUCCCAGGGGUCCCAAUACGGUGCAGCUCCAAAUACAACCACUGACUUACCAGCAUGAUGGCUUGCCUACGAUAUUGAGAGAGGCAGUGUGACUUUAGUGUAGGAAGUCUUCCUACAC